ACACACACACAGCACAGCACACAGUGGAAGCGAACGAACCGAGCGCACAUCCGAUCUGACAACAAGCAAGCGCGAGUAAGCGAGCCAGCCAGCCAGCCAGCCAGCGAGCGAGCGAGCGAGCCAGCGAGCAUGGCCCUUCACAGGACCACCGUCACCAACCAAAUGGAUUACAACCGGGAGUCCAAAGAAGGGAAGCCGUCGACGGACGAGCGUCUGGACAGCGGCGUGGACUCUCUGAAAGAGGAGGACUACCAGGCUGUAGCAGAAGAGAUAUGGCGCCUGCAACUCGAGUGCCAGCCAUCGCAAAACAAGCAACUUGCAGCUUGCGCUACCGCCGAGAUACAAGAAUGGAAAACACAAGUCAACGAAGACGGAGACACGCUUCUCCACUUGGCUAUUAUUCACGAGGUAAAAGACUACAUCAGAACAAUGAUCGAGCUGUCCAAGAACACAGACUUCCUCAACAUCCAAAAUGACCAGCGACAGACGCCUCUCCAUUUAGCAGUCAUAACCAACCAGUCGGACGUGUGCCAGCGGCUGGUGGCCGACGGCUGCGAUCCCACGCUGGUGGACGACAGCGGGGACACGCCCCUCCAUAUAGCCUGUCGGCACGGCAACCUGCUGUGCUUCAGCGUCCUCACGCAGUUUUGUCGCCCGGAGCAUCUCCAAACGAUGAUGGCAGCAUGCAACUACCAAGGUCAGAACUGCCUCCACUUGGCCUCACUUCACGGUUUCCUUUCGCUGGUGGAGAAUCUCGUGGAUCUGGGAGCUGAUGUUAACGCCAAGGAGCAGCGCAACGGCCGCGGCGGGCUGCACCUGGCUGUGGACCAGCAGAAUCUGUCGUUGGUCAGGCUGUUGCUGAAAAAGGGAGCUGACCCCAACCUCUUGACGUUCGGAGGCCACACCCCCUUCCACCUCACCUACGGCCGCAGCGACGACGACAUUAAAAAGGAACUGUGUGCGUUGACCCAUCCUGACUUGAGGGAGCUGCCCGACAGCGAAUCGGACGACAGCGAAGACGAGGAGGACAGAGAGUCGGACGAGGAGGUGGGUUACGAUGACUUCAAGUGGAACGGCCAUUAGCAGGAGGAGACCAAACGAGGAAAGACCCGGCGAGGCGUGUCUACCGCUCGCUUUUGGGUUUGGCUGAAGCCGCACAGAGGCGGCGUGGCCGAGGUCUUGUGACGCAAACGGUGGACAGCAAAGAGAGCGGAAAAAGCAAACAGGCAGCUAGCUUUAGGGGCUCCUUAAACAGACCAAUGGACCGGCAGCAGCGCGCAAACGCACCUCGUGAGCUUGCGGCGUGCUAAUCAUUCACAAACGCAUCCAUCUUUCCACACAAGCAGCUAGCUCUCUUGUAUGAUAUUGUAAAUGCUGUGAAUACAAAGAAGUAUUUUCUGUGGAAGCUGUGUGGUUGUGUAAACUAGAACGGAUUGUAAAUGUUUGACAGCGACACUCCAUUUAAAUUAAAACACUCAUAUUUAACAGGGAAAA